UGUUCUACGUAGUUCAUGCUACCUCAUCCCCCUUGAUUUAGUGAUAAAAAUUUUUAAAUCCGGAUGAUUAUAUAAAAUCCAAACUCACAUCGCAUAUUUUUUAAGUUGGAUUUUUGACUCGGACUUAAAAGAUAUUUGAAUUUGGUUUAAGUUAAUUAUACAAAGUAUAGUGUAAACAUGAGACCUUCACUUGACAGAAAAGAUGACGCUGAAAAACCGAAGUAUUCUCUCAACUAUGAGGACAUGCCACCAUUUCCCCCACCAAAUGCCGAGUUUCCUCCAGGAUUUGCACCACCAAUCACUGCUGGAGGUUUGCCGCCCAGCAGAAGAGGGUCUCGUAUUCCAAUGGACGACAUUCCUGGUUUGCCUGAACUCAGAGUAGAUGACCCGAACGCACCAAAAGACAAAUUUAAUUUUGUUUUCAUUACUUUUUUCAUAGUUGGUACCAUCAGCGUACUGCCUAUGGUAUUCUUCAUCACCGCCAAUGAGUACUGGAUGUACAAAUUCAGGACAGUUGAUUCUAAUGAUACCAGCGCAGAAAACAGGAACUAUAUCCAAGCCAACUACGCUUCGUACAACAUGAUCGCCACUACAUCUACCGGAAUUAUCUGUAACUUUUUUUCGACUUUUGCGGCUCACAAAAUCAGACUCACCACCAGAGCUUACAUGUCAUUGAUAUUUUUUUCUUGCAAUUUCGUUGUCCAAACUAUCCUGGCUAAAGUGGAUACAGACACUUGGCAGAUGGGAUUCUUCGGGCUAACUAUGGUAAUUCAAAUCCUAAUGGCAGUACUAAUGGCUGUUGCUGGUACCGGUGUCCUGACAAUCAUGUCCAAGUUCCCAGAUCGUUAUAUGAAAAUGUUUCUUUUCGGACAAGGGAUUGGUGGGUUGGUAUCGGCAAUUUUAAGACUAAUAACUAUCACAAUUAUGACGGAAACCAUACCAGAAGCUCUGCUAUACUUUUCAUCAGGUUGCGUACUUAUGGGAACUGGUCUGGUAAUGUUCUUUUUCGCCACCAAGACAUCAUUUUUCAAGUUUUACAUGACCUCUUACAAAGAAGAUGCCAAAAAGAAGGUCCACUCGGUCGGUCAGAUAAUGGAUACCAUCAAACUGGUAUGGCCUCUUAUUCUUUUAAAUCUCUUCAACAGCGUCAUACCGAUUGGUUCUAUCACUAAUUUGGUAGUGUCAGAAUACCAGAACACUGGAAGUUUAUGGGGAGAUAAAUAUUUUAUAACUGUGAUGUCGUUCCUUUUGAGCUCUUGCUCUGAUAUUGUCGGUAGAGGACUGUCUUCAAAAUACGAUGAGAUUUUCUCAAUACCAUUUCUAUUUGUAAUAGUUAUAACAAGAAGUGCUCUCUACGGCACAUUAAUGAUGUUUACCAGAGCCCAACCCAGGCAUUUACCCAUAAUUUUCGGACAUGACUGGCAGUACGGUAUAAUUUUAAGCACUUACCAUUUGACUGGAGGGUAUUUAAUGAACGUACUCAUGCUACAAACGUUUAAAUUGGUUCCAAAAGAGAAAUUCGAGAUAGCUUUGAUGGUGAACUUCAUGUUCAUGGGUGUGUUUAUGGGUAUUACGUCACUCCUUGGUUUGGUCAUGGUAGACUUGCUAUAAAGAAAAAACCCUUUUGGUAGAGUUAACCGAAAAAUAGAGCAAGAACCAGAUUGUUAGCUCUCUAUUUUUGAUACAAAAUUCUUGCUAAAUAAUGCUCAAAUUUUUCUAAAUAUGGAGAGAUAUUAAGAACAAUUAGAUCUUAUAGAUUUUACGUUUAAAAAAACAUUUAGUCUAAGUGCCUAUUUUAUUGUACAUAUAUUUUUUUAUAUAAAUAAAUAUGUU